CCAAUGAUUCUCUUCACUCGACCGGAUCCGCGCGGGUCGCCGGCCUUGCACAAAAUGUGCGAUGUGCGAAACUCUGAGAUCUGCGCGCGAGCAGACAAAACCACCAACUAUCCUGCCACGGGACGAUGACCUGGUGGUUCUGGAGAAAGCGCGGGCUCGCUUCAGUGGUGGCAGCUCAAGCCAAACGCAGACGGAGAUGGUGGCCCACACUCAAAGCUCCUCUUAUCUUGCUCAUAGUUACAUUUGCAGGUCUGUACCUGUCCGCUCGCAUCGUCUGGAGACGGGGAGGCGUACCUGCGAAUUUGUCGGUUUAUCCUGAUCCGCAAAGCAUCAAAGCCAGCGUCGUCAAGUCAAUCGACCCCGACAAACCGCUUUUCCAUCCUCUGCUAAGAGCUCGAGGGCGCGAUAUCAUCGACAAGAAUGGUGAUCGGAUUAAAUUGAUCUCUGCGAAUUGGUAUGGCGGUAGUGAUAUGUUCAUGGUGUCUGGUGGCUUGGACGUGAGGAAUCGGAGUGGAAUUGCACGCACCAUUCGCGAACUGGGUUUCAACAGCGUCCGACUGCCGUAUGCUGACGAAAUCGUCCAAGAAAAUCCUGUUAUCGAGGCGAGCCUUCUUAGCGCCAACGACGAUCUAGUCGGCGAAAGAGCGCUGGACGUAUACGCUGCCGUUGUACAGGCUUUGACCGAGGCUGGACUUGCGGUUAUUGUGAACAAUCAUAUAACGCAGGCGAGAUGGUGCUGCGAUGGUUACCCUUGCGACAUGGGUUGGGCCAACGACAAUCUUGGUCCAUUCUGCCCAGUCAAGCAGAGUGAAGACGACUGGAUUGAGAAUCUGAUGGCAGUGAUGCUGCCCCAUGUCAAUAACACCUAUGUCGUAGGCGUGGACCUUCGCAAUGAAGUUCGGGGUCCCACUGGGCAAUAUAUGUGGAACAGCUGGGCGACUGCUGCGGAGCGCGUAGCAGCAAGACUGCAUGAACUUCAACCAGACUGGUUGAUCAUCGUUGAGGGCGUCUCAUCGGCCAACGACAUCAGAGGAGCCGAGGAGCGACCAGUACGUCUUCAGCACCAAGACAAAUUGGUAUACUCGGCCCAUGUGUACGGCUGGUCGGGAUGGGGUUCUCUACUGCCAUAUUGGUAUCGAACCUAUAAGUCAUUUGCGGAAGACAUGGACAAGAACUGGCAGUACCUGCGAGCAAGCGAUACCGCACCAGUCUGGAUUGGUGAAAUCGGCGCUCCAGGUCGACCUGCUCGAAAAGACUUUCACUACUGGAAGAACCUGAUGAGGUACUUACAAGAGACAGAUGUUGACAUCGGCUACUGGGCGAUCAAUCCGCGUAAGCCCAAGAACAACGAGUAUGAAUCGUAUGGUCUGCUUGAAGAUGACUGGGAGACUCCACGGCUACGAUUACAGAUUGAUGGAUUUGACAUCGCUCCGAAGGCAGUAGGUCCCAUAGAAAGCAGAUAUUACCAUGACCCUUCGAUGGUAUCAAUGCAUACUGCAUCCGAUUUUCAUGAGCGUCUGAAAUGAACGAUGAAGCUGUA